AUGCAGUCACCCACUUUCGAUGUCAAUUGCGAGGACAGACUCGUUUUCUGUCAUUUCGUAGUUGGCGUGGUCGGCAACCGCCAAAACGCCAGUGACUAUGACGCUGACAUGAAACGAGCCAAGGAAUAUGGCAUUGAUGCCUUUGCCUUGAACAUCGGAACCGACUCCUACACCGACACCCAGCUGGGCUUCGCCUAUGAGUCUGCUGCCAACAAUGACAUGAAGGUGUUUAUCUCGUUCGACUUUAAUUGGUGGCAUUUCAGCCAGGCCAGAGAGGUCGGAGUCAAGGUCCGCCAAUUUGCUGACCAUCCUGCUCAACUCAAUGUUGAUGGUAAAGUGUUUGUAUCAUCAUUUUGCGGGGAUGGGAUCGAUCCUAGUGCUAUUCAGAACGCUGCUGGAUGCGAGAUCUUCUUCGCCCCAAACUUCCAUCCCGGCCACGGAGACUUUAAUCAUGUCCAGGGAGCCCUGAACUGGAUGGCGUGGGAUAGUAAUGGUUGUAAUAAAGCUCCGAGCGCGGGACAGAAGGUCGCAGUAGCGGAUGGAGACGAAGCCUAUAGACAAGCACUUGAUGGGAAGGCAUAUAUUGCACCCGUCUCCCCCUGGUUCUUCACACAUUUCGGUACAGAGGUCCCCUAUAGUAAGAACUGGGUGUUUCCGUCUGACCUUCUCUGGUACCGCCGAUGGAGGGAAAUCUUAGCUUUGGGGCCUCGCUUCGUUGAGAUCAUCACAUGGAAUGACUUUGGCGAGUCUCAUUAUGUCGGUCCUCUAUCAUCACCCCACACAGAUGAUGGUUCAUCUAAGUGGGCUAUAGACAUCAACAAAAGGCCGCACAACGGUUGGUUGGACAUGGCUAAGCCCUUCAUCGCGGCGUAUAAAGCGGGCGUGCACGACCCAGAUGACUUCAUCCAUGAAGAAAGGCUGGUUUACUGGUACCGCCCAACGCCCAAGUGGGUCGAUUGCGACGCAACCGACACAACGAUGCAGGAAAAUGGCAACAUCACAAGCCCAGACUUGUUCCGGGGAAGGCCACACGGCUCGGACACAAUGGAGGACAGUGUGUUUCUUGUCACUCUGCUGAAGGAGCCCGCAGACGUGGAGGUAUGGUCCGGGUCAAACACACGCAGGUUCCAAGCACCAGCAGGUGCGCACGAGUGGUCGGUACCUAUGGGCCUGGGUGUACAGUCUUUCAGCGUUCGUCGUGACGGAAACAUUGUCGACGCUCUCUCCGGGGUUAGUCAGCGAGACAUCGUCGACAAAUGUCCGUAUGGUAUUUACAAUUUCAAUGCCUAUGUUGGUACACUGCCUGCGGAGGCGGAAUUUGACCAGCUGCAGCCGGAGGGGAUGGCUCUGUUGUCACAGGGUCUGCGGACGUCUUGUCCAUCUAAUCCGGUGGCUGGUGAAGGAGGUGUGGAACCCACAGCUACGCCCUCGCACACGCACACGCGGCCAUCUUCGCCAGAGCCCGAGUCAACCAGUUGCUGCACUAUCCUGUUUCACCAGUUAACAUAUCAGCUGAAGCACAAAAGUACCAAGCACAGCGGGGCCCUCUACAUUGGCAGAAAAGAGGUUGUUAAUUAUACUCACUAUAUAGUUUGCCACAGCGCCAGCUUAUCCAAUAUAUUCACUUUGUCCAUCGAUCAAUCUAGACUGUCUAGCCAAGCCCGAGGAUAUGGAAAGCCCUCCAGCCAAGUACGUGUACGGACUAAGGCGACAGCAGUUGACUAUUGGACGAUACGGCAAAUAUGUCUAUGCGGGCUACGUAUCUCAUGGCCCUUCGGAACCAGGUGGAUUUCAAAUUGCGCAUGCCGAGCAUAG